AUGGCGCACGACGCCGUGGGAGCGCUUUUGGCCUGGUGUGCCGCACAAGGAGUCCUGUUGGAUGACCGUAUUGACGUAACAAAAGUGCGAGACAAGCACGAGGACGAAUCCGCUUGGCAAGCGGAGUCAGGCGCAUUGGCUGUAUGUGCAAGACAGCCCAUCGCUUUCAACGAUACCAUUGUCGUCAUACCCACAAGCGCUGUACUAUCCUGCAAGAGUUCUGACCUCAGACACAAUGCUUUUUUUCAAGAGGCGCUGCAGGAUGCGUCAAAUGACUCACUCCAUUUGGCACUCUGCGUCCUAUAUGAGCAGCUGCUUGGCGAUGCUUCGCGUUUUCGCGAUUAUCUUGCGUCGUUUCCCGAUCAUAUUCAUUCUUCCUUAACAUGGGAUAAGAAUUCAACAGAGUGCACAUGGAUCCAGGGCACGGAGAGUGCUCGUAUGCUUCAGCGCGCCGCAUACUAUCAAGCCACCGCCAACCCGCAAGGCUGGUGUCUCGCGCGUGUCGCUGCGUACUGGGAUGGCGUUGGAUCGUCUAUAUUGCACGCAGUUUUUCCUGGAAUGAUGCAGUGUACAUGGCCUAAAUUUUUACAUGCGUUCAUGCUUGUAUCGAGCCGUGCAUUUAUCAUCAACGUAUUCCACGGUCUCUGCAUGGUACCCAUUGCGGAUCUAUUCAAUCACACCGAUAUGCACAAUGUGCAAGUAGAGGCGGAGGAGCUCGUUUGUCUCAAGUGUGGUGCAUCCCGGCACAAAACUUGCCGGGUCGCAAGUGCACCUGUUACGGUGGAUAUUCGCUGCAUCGAGCCGGUUGAAAAGUCGGAAGAGCUGAUUAAUUCAUACGGCGAUCUGAGCAAUGCUGCAUUGCUUAUCAAGUACGGGUUUGUACUGGAUAGCAAGACAGUAUUUGAGCAGUACGGGUACGAUAUUGGGUAUCCAGAAGAGCGAGCAGAAAUCGAGCAUAUUCUUGCACAGUGCACGAUUCAUUUUGUCCCUACCGACGAGUGCGUGCCUAGCUCAUGGGAUAGUCUUCGCUGUUUGGAACCGGAAACGAUGGCAUCUACUCAGCGCCUUGCGCAGGAGGACAGUGUCUAUCCCCCAUUCUGCGAUGGAGACUUAGUCCUGGAUUUUGUGCCGCAAGCACACGGUGUAUGUCCAUUGUACAUCGAUGCACAGGGCCGGGCCACCUGGGUCCUAUGGCGCCUGUGCCUCGCGGCUGCAUUGCUCGAGCACGAAGUAGCUGGGAUAAAGCAGCUUCACAUAUGGAAACGCAUCUGA